UCUCUGUACAAACUUCUGCCUGAAAAGAGCCAUUUUACCCUGCCUGAUCCGAGCACACGCAGCCCUCCCGAGCCUUCAAACAACAAAGGCAGACGCUGCCUGCUUCAGGGAAGAUAAAUGUGCAGCAGAGGACCCUUGUAAAGAGGCCGGAGGGAAAUGGCCAGCAGCCAGGUCAUGCUGGUCCUCUUCUGUGGGGAAAUCUGGAGCUCCCUUUGUGCAGCAGCACCCCAGCACGCUGCCAGGACUGAAAGGCACACGUGCAGCACUGCCACGAGCCCCAGAGCAGACCACCAUCCUCUCUACCAACUGCAAGCAACUGUGCCCAGCCAGUCUGACAGAGCCCUGGCUGCCACAGAGCCCCAGGCCUUCCCAGGGCAGGAGGAAGCUGGGGAUGGCAGCUGGGUGGCAGCGCUGCUCCUUGGCAGCAUUUUGAUUGGCAUGACCCUGGCAAUUAUUGUCAUUCUCCUGUGGAAGUGCUGCAGCAGGCCCCCUCCGGCCCAGUCCCACUGGGCAGGCCGGUCCCCCUUCGUGGAUGGGGACACGUCAGAUCUCUUCAUGGACUCUGACCCCGGCACCAAGCGUUCUUCAGUCUUAUUUAUGCUGCCGUGGAGACUGAAACAAGGCACAAAGGUGCAGGAGGACCCGAGUGUCUCAGAGAACCCACCCCACCACACCAGCACUGCUGGGAACGGGCAGCCGCCUCCGCCGGCCACGGGCUGCUGCGGGGCUGGCUCAGCCCCUGCCCCAGAGCAGGAGCCAGCCAACACUGCAGCUGGCUCCUGUCCUCCCCCAGACACUCCUCCCGAGUGCUCCGACCUGCCACCACCCCCCGACUGGCUCCGGGAACCCGCUGAGGAGCCCAGCUCAGACCCCAGCAGGCACUCGGCACUUCCCUUGGGAGCAGAGGAAGCACAGCCCUCCCCACCUGAGCUACUGAUCCAGGAGACCCAUGAAACACUGCCCCAGCCACAACACCCUUUGUAG